GUAUAGGCGCCGCAAGAUUUCGGGGUCAGGACGAGGGCAGAGGGUCCUGGACUCACAAUCACCUAACUCACCCCUGCGUCUCUAGGGGUUGAAAUCGGCCUCUCGUAGCGCCCUGAUCUAGGUCACCAGCUGGGGGUCGCUAGGGGGAUGAUGGGCGGGCCGUCUGCCCCAGAGGUGGGCGCAGAGUAAAUCGCCUCAAAGCCUGCCCCUUUCCCUUCCACUCUAUCGUAAUUCCGUCCCGCGGCGGGUCGAGCCUCCCUCCCUCGCGCGCGGCCAGCGGGUCCCUCCCUGUCGGCUUCCUCCGCCGCGCCCGCCCCCCCAGCGAAAAGCCCUGCGGCUCACAGCCGGCUGCACUCCCGCACGCCGACCUCCCGGCUGCUGCUUCGCUUCCUCAGACUUCUCCAUAGUUCCCGGUGCAGCUCCCUCAGCCUCCCACCUCCUCACCCGGGUGCGUCAGGAGAUCCGCGGUCGCCGCGGCCGGCACAUCCCCCAGGAGACACCCUUUCCCUGCGCGCCCGGGACUUUGUGAAACUUUGAGGGCGCCCGCGGUGAAAUGGGUUUAAUCCGAGGCGUCUUGCUCCGGCUGUUGCUGCUUUCCAGCCUCGGAUCUGACGCUGUGCUGCUGGGAGAAGCUCUCGGCAAACCAGGAAAGGUAGGGCCUCCUCUCGACAUCGUGCUGGAUGCAUUGAACUGUACAGCUUUCAGCAUCCAGUGGAAAAUGCCAAGGCAUCCUGGGAGCCCCAUCAUGGGGUAUACCGUCUUUUACUCUGAGGUCGGCGUAGAUAAAUCUGUGCAGGAGCAGUCCCAAAGUGUGCAACACAGCCAGGAUACCCUGAGCACUGGGCACUCGGAUCAUCAGGUGAUAUUUGAGGAAGUGAUUGGAAAUUUGAAACCAGGCACUGAAUAUCGAGUGACCAUAGCAGCAUACAGCCCGACUGGCAAAGGGCGGCUUAGCUCUCCUCGGCAUGUUAUCACUGUGCCCCAAGAUGCCUGCCUGCCUCCAGCAGCCCCCAAGCAGCCACAGGUCACUGUGGUUUCAGAUUCCGAGGUGGCCUUAUCUUGGAGACCUGGGAGGAGUGAAGGCAGCCCCCCUCUUCAGCACUACUCUGUGGAAUUCAUCAGACCAGAUUUUGACAAGAGUUGGACCUUAAUCCAAGAGUGGAUCCAGAUGGACUCCAUGGUUAUCAAGGGCCUCGAUCCAGAUACCAACUACCAGUUUGCUGUGAGGGCUGUGAAUCCUCAUGGUCCCAGUCCACGCAGCCAGCCCAGCGACACCGUCCGAACCUUCCGCCCUGAGGACGCAGGGAGUGGCCACUAUGGACCCCAUUAUAUAACCGGCACUGGAGUUGGUGAGGAUGAUGAUGGAUUUGACGAUGACUUCGAUUUGGAUAUUUCCUUUGAGGAGGUCAAACCACUUCCUGCUAUCAAAGGAGGGAAGAAGAAAUUUCUGGUAGAAUCCGAGGUGGUGCCUAGGUCGAACCCAGAGACUGUUUCUAGUCUUGCCCCCCCAACCCCGGCAUCCCUCCCUGUAACUGCGGUGGCCCCUCAGCCCACUCCAGUGGGGAGGAAAGGGGAGAAGAGUGUGACUGUGAUGCCGAAGCUCUUUGACAUGCCUUGUGAUGACACGCUCUGUUCUGCUGACAGCUUUUGUGUCAAUGAUUACACCUGGGGGAGCUCACGAUGCCGCUGCAGCCUGGGCAAGGGGGGUGAGAGCUGCACAGAAGAUCUCGUUAUACAGUAUCCUCAGUUCUUUGGCCACUCCUUUGUAACCUUUGAACCUCUGAAGAACUCCUACCAGGCAUUUCAAAUUACUCUUGAAUUUAGGGCAGAGGCGGAGGAUGGCUUACUGCUUUACUGCGGGGAGAGUGAACACGGGAGGGGUGAUUUCAUGUCCCUGGCGAUCAUCCGACGCUCCCUCCAAUUCAGGUUUAAUUGUGGAACCGGGGUGGCCAUCCUCAUAAGUGAGACUAAAAUCAAACUAGGGGCCUGGCACACAGUUAUACUCUACCGAGAUGGGCUAAAUGGGUUGCUGCGACUGAACAAUGGCACCCCAGUGACAGGCCAGUCCCAGGGCCAGUACAGUAAAAUCACCUUCCGGACGCCUCUCUAUCUUGGUGGGGCCCCCAGUGCUUACUGGCUGGUCAGAGCAACAGGAACAAACCGAGGCUUUCAAGGCUGUGUGCAAUCGCUCACUGUUAACGGGAAGAGAGUGGACAUGAGGCCCUGGCCCCUGGGGAAAGCGCUCAGAGGGGCCGAUGUGGGGGAGUGCAGCAGCGGACUCUGUGAUGAGGCUUCGUGCGUCAAUGGGGGCACCUGCACCAUAGUCAGAGCUGACUCCUAUGUUUGUCUCUGCCCCCUGGGAUUUAAAGGCCGACACUGCGAAGAUGCUUUCACCUUGACCAUUCCUCAGUUCAGUGAGUCCCUGAGAUCCUAUGCUGCAACACCUUGGCCACUGGAGCCCCAGCAUUACCUAUCCUUCAUGGAGUUUGAGAUCACAUUUCGGCCGGACUUGGGAGAUGGUGUCCUCCUGUACAGCUAUGACACAGGCAGCAGAGACUUCUUGUCCAUCAACAUGGCAGGGGACCACGUGGAGUUCCGCUUUGACUGUGGCUCUGGGACUGGUGUUCUCAGGAGUAAAGACCCCCUCACCCUGGGCCACUGGCACGAGCUGCAUGUGUCUCGAACAGCGAAGAAUGGUAUUUUACAGGUGGAUAAGCAGAAGGUAGUGGAGGGAAUGGCAGAGGGAGGCUUCACACAGAUUAAGUGCAACACGGACAUUUUUAUCGGUGGAGUCCCCAGUUACGAUGACGUGAAGAAGAACUCGGGUGUCCUCAAGCCAUUUAGUGGGAGCAUCCAGAAGAUCAUCCUGAACGACCGAACCAUCCACCUGAAACAUGACUUGACGUGGGGCGUGAACGUGGAGAAUGCAGCCCACCCCUGUGUGGGGGUCCCCUGCACCCACGGGGGCAGCUGCCGGCCCAGGAAGGAGAGCUAUGAGUGUGACUGCCCCUUGGGCUAUGAGGGGCUGCAUUGCCAGAAAGCGAUCACAGAAGCCAUUGAGAUUCCGCAGUUUAUCGGACGCAGUUACCUGGCAUAUGACAAUCCAGAUAUCCUCAAGAGGGUAUCAGGAUCAAGAUCAAAUGCAUUCAUGAGGUUUAAAACGACUGCCAAAGACGGCCUGUUGAUGUGGAGGGGAGACAGCCCCCUGAGACCCAACAGUGAUUUCAUCUCCUUGGGCCUUCGGGAUGGAGCCCUGGUGUUCAGCUAUAACCUGGGCAGUGGAGUGGCAUCCAUCAUGGUGAAUGGCUCCUUCAACGACGGCCGGUGGCACCGAGUCAAGGCUGUUAGGGAUGGCCAAUCAGGAAAGGUAACUGUGGAUGACUAUGGGGCCAGAACAGGCAAGUCACCCGGCAUGAUGAGGCAGCUCAACAUCGAUGGGGCACUGUUUGUGGGUGGAAUGAAGGAAAUCGCUCUGCACACGAACAGGCAGUACAUGCGGGGCCUAGUGGGCUGCGUCUCUCAUUUCACCCUGUCCACCGAUUACCACAUUUCCCUCGUGGAAGACGCUGUGGAUGGGAAAAACAUCAACAUGUGUGGAUCCAAGUAACACCCGCUGGCCUUACCCAAGGGAGAGAGCCUUCCAUCCUGAGGAUCCCGGGGGCCCCAAGACCCUGCCUGGUGACGUACGCAGAGGUGUGGGGACCAGGCGUGUCUCCUCUCACCGAGGAGAAAGUACACCCUGAUGAGAACUAGAACCGAGGCAGGAGUUCCUGUGUGGCUUUUCCUGCUGACACUCUGUGGGCCGAGCCCAGUGGAAUGCUCUGUGUAGGAUGCAUCAGACUUUGUCCAUUGGAUGUGUAGUGGCUGCCAGAGAUCACACAUCAGUGCAAAUUCCAGAGCCUGUCUGCUGUAGCUCAAUGACUGUGUUGUGAUUCAUAAUGUGUAAAAAAAGAAAGAAAAAGAGAGAGAGAUCCAAAGGGCAGUAUUAAACACUUCUCUCGUUCCCUGACUCAUGAUACUCUUACUGACAGCAGAAUGACUGUGUGACCUUGAACCUCGAAUUUCUCACCUUGCCCAUGAAUUAUUAGGAUUAACGCCUUCCACUCCUUGCUGGCUGGUUCAAUGCACUCUAGUCCCUGAAAAUAAGGAUGAGGGAAGACUAGACAUAGAAUCACAAUUAUAAUGCUGCCCCCCCCUAAAGUUUACCCUUUAAUGAGAAAUCCCUACUUUUUAUAAUGGAAAUCCAAGGGACAUGGCACCAUGAUUUUUUAGCUGUCCUUUUGUAUGUGUAUAUUUUUAUAGCUGCAAAUUAUCCAUGCAGUAUCCUUUUGCAAGUGUGGGUGGAUGACCCUGAAUACUUUGCACAUUUCCUAAAAAUUUUCUCCCAAAGGAGACUUGUCUGGAACAGGUAAUUUGAGGUGGACACCUUGGGGAGCUGGCCAUUCUCUUUUGGUAAAUGUCAAUGGCUCAGGAGAUAAAUAUGAAGCUUCCAAAAUAAAUCGAAAGGCAUGUGUGUUACUGAGGCGGGUCCCCAUCAUUUGUCUUGAGAGGGGCAAUGUCUGUAGUAAACUUGAAUAAAGGAGACAAAGGCUAGAACUUA